AUGCCUCAACCUCAUACACCACCACCUAGGCCAUCAGUUGCUGAAGAGAAGUCGAAUGAGUUACAAGCUGCACUGUUGACAUUGACUAACUCCCAAGCUCAAUUUAUGACUGAAACUCAGUCAUCAAGCAGAAAUCUCGAAAUGGAAGUGGGUCAAUUGGAAAGCAGACCUCAAGGAAAUUUGCCAAGUAAUACUGAGGUGAAUCCUAAAGAGCAAUGCCAUGCAAUCUCCUUGAGGAGCGAUGCAAAGUUGGAAGAGCCAGUUGAGAAAUCUAGCCUUCCAUCAAAAAUGGAGUCUGAAAUAAAAGGAAAGGUGGAAGAAAAGGAUAUUGAGAACCUUGAGAAGAAGCAGUCACAAGUGAGUAUAGAUCAUCACAUAAAAAUUCCUUUUCCACAUAGGCUACACAAGAACAACCUAGAUAAACAGUUUGCAAAGUUUUUGGAGAAAGUUGAGGGAUAUGAGACAGUUGCGCUUACUGAGGAGUGCAGUGCAAUAUUGCAAAAGAAAUUACCGCCAAAGCUUAAAGAUCUUAGUAGUUUCACUGUUCCAUGCUCUAUAGAGGGUUCAAUGGUGAUAAAGAUUUUAUGUGAUAUAGGCACUAGUGUGAAUCUAAUGCCUCAAUCAAUCUUCCUACCGAUCUUCCGCAAGUUGAAAUUGGGAGAAGCUCGCCAUACUACUAUGUCCCUACAAAUGGUGGAUCGUUCAGUGAAGCACCCAAGAGCUACCGGAAGAGCGCUAAUUGAUGUACCAAAAGGGGAGUUGAAGCUAUGCGUGCAACAAGACGAGAAAACAUUUAAUGUUUUUGCAGCAACUGAAAUUCCAACUUGUUAUGGAGUUGAUGUGAUAAUAGGUGGUGGUAGUAAGGUGGAAGUUACCAAGAGAAAGGUCAUUGCUCAAGUUGGCAGUCGAACAAUGUGUCAUCGUUUGAAAAGGUUCGUUAGUGGGAAAGCUCAACUAUUACAUGAGCGGUGGAAAGUCCCACCACUUUGUAAUAUUAAGAAACGAGCGUCUUCUUAUGAUAUUAUGGCUCUCAAGGACUUGAGAGGUGGCUUGGAUCCGAGUUGA